AUGAGGUUCUCCGUAACAACCACGCUAGCUAUUCUCCUCGCGGGCGUUUCCACGUCGCCAACCCUGGGAAACAAUGGCGCCUCUGAGAAACGGGCAACGGGCUUUUGGUAUGCCGACAUAGAUCAUGCCGGGGACUAUCGAGGGUAUGCGCCGGAUCUUGAUACAAACGGUUCUUACUCAGUUUAUAAGAGUGUGAGCCCCGGGGCGAGCGCGGACGACAUCCAGCGUGCUAUCUUGGAUGAUAUUGACGGUCGUGAUCGGAAUGGUCAAUGGUUGGCGUCACAACCGAGGGUUGUGUACAUCCCCCCAGGAACGUAUGUACUCAACCAUACGAUCUAUAUGAACACAGAUACCAUUCUCAUGGGUGAUGCGACCGAUCCUCCUAUAAUCAAAGCUGCUGCUGGCUUCUCUGGGGAUCAAAUCCUGCUUUCAGGUCAAGACCCCACGACAGGAAUAUCAGGAGAACUCUCUUUCGCUGUCGGUUUGAAGAACCUGGUUCUGGACACAACAAACAUUGCUGGGGGCAAUGCCUUCACUGCACUUUGGUGGGGUGUUGCCCAGGUGGCUCAUCUGCAGAACAUUAAGAUCCAGAUGGCAUAUCCAGGUAACGGCACUGGCCAUACAGGGAUCCGUCUCGGCAGGGGUUCCACUCUUGGUCUCGCCGACGUGCGCAUUGAGCGCGGACAGAACGGUAUCUGGCACGAUGGACAUCAACAAGCUCUCUACAAGAGCAUCUACUUCUACCAGAACACUAUCGGCAUGCUCAUCAGUGGGGGAGCCACCAUCAGCAUCAUAGCACCCACUUUCGACACUUGCGGAACCGCAGUAAGCAACACAAAUGGUGACCCCUGGAUAGGUAUCAUCGAUGCCAAGUCCAUCAACUCUGGCGUGACCUUUGUGACGACCAGCUACCCAUCGUUUCUCAUAGAGAAUUUGACUAAGGACACCGAAUCGGACAUCGCCCAAGUACGAGGAGAAACUGAACUAGGACCUGCAAGCCAUGUUGACACUUUCACCUACGCCAACACAGUCGGUCGUGAUCCCAUAUACGGCCCCACUACUACGCAAAAUACCCGCCCGGCAGCCCUGGCACCUAAUGGCAACUAUCCCGUUCUCCCGGCGCCCAACUACGCCAACAACCCCGUCUCGGACUUCAUCAACAUCAAAGACCCGUCCCAAAACGGCGGCCAUAUCAUCCUAGGGGACAACACCAAGGACGAGUCCAUUGCCCUCAACGCCAUCUUGCAAUUCGCCGCAGCGAGCAACAAAAUCGCCUAUUUCCCCUUCGGCAAGUACCGCGUCGAUGACACUUUGCUUAUCCCCACUGGAUCCCGUAUCGUUGGCGAGGCCUGGGCGACCAUCACCGGCAACGGCGCCGCAUUCAAGGACUCCAGCAACCCGAAGCCCGUUGUGUCUGUUGGCAACCCCGGAGACAUCGGCAUCGCCCAAAUCCAGGACAUGCGCUUCACCGUCUCAGACGUCCUGCCAGGCGCCAUAAUCGUGCAAUUUAACAUGGCCGGUCCCACCCCUGGUUCCGUCGCCCUCUGGAACUCAUUAAUCACGGUGGGCGGUACCCGCGGCGCCUCGGCUCUGACUGAUACUUGCACCGACCCGUCCGACGAGUGUCAAGCGGCCUUUCUAGGACUACACUUCUCGUCCACAUCAUCAGCGUACGUCGAAAACGUCUGGAACUGGGUCGCAGACCACACGACAGAGUCUUUCGAGGGCGGGUCCAGCAUCGCCGCCAAAGGCGGGGCGCUAGUCGAGAGCACAAGGGGGACCUGGCUCCAUGCUUUGGGGUCGGAGCACUGGUGGCUAUACCAGCUGAACCUGCGCCAAGCGAGAAAUGUGUUGGUUUCUAUGUUGCAGACGGAGACGAACUACGAUCAGGGAGAUAACGUGGAGCAGAUCCCACCGGCACCAUGGACGCCUGAUGUGCAGGGUUGGGGGGAUCCGGAUUUUAGCUGGUGUGAGGACGAGGAUGCGCGGUGUAGGAUGGGGUUUGCGAAUUAUAUACAGGGCGGGGCGGAUAUCUAUACCUAUGCGUCGGCUUCGUGGGCUUUCUUUAGUGGGCCGGGUUAUCAAGCUUGUGCUGGGACGUUCCAGUGUCAGGAUUAUAUGCACUGGAUCGCCGAGACGCCGUCAAAUUUGCAGGCUUUUGGGCUGUGUUCCAAGGAUACGUAUGUCACGUUGCGGUUGGCGGAUGGGACAGCUAUUUUUACGAAUAGUAGCUUUACGGGGUCGUGGACGGGUAGCGGUGGUGAUGUUGGCCGAUAUACGCCUUAG